UUUUUUUAUUGAAUUUAACUACAUUUCCCACAAUGCAGAUAUAACGUCUCCACGGGGCAUGCGUGGUACUGUUUACGCUCGGAGGAGGGUUGCAGUCUCAAAAGGGACGAACAGCUAGCACGGCUGACGUCUACUGUUGUAUUUGUCUUUGCACUCGGGAUAGUUUCUUGUGUUUUUAAACUAUGAACGGAGAUUAUUUAACAGCAGGUCGAGGGAAAAGACCAGCUAUUCCCGACAAAGUCGACAUGUCAUUAGAUGACAUCAUUCGGUUGAACAAAAAAGAGCAACAGUUAAAAAGGAAACAGGCCACCGUGAACCGCCGACCAGUCAAGAAGAAGGGCCGUUUAACCCAAGCAAGGGGUGUUUUAUCAAGAACUGCUGGACCAGUCCAGAGAGGAGGUGGCGUGCCCCGAGGAGGAGCAUCUAAAUUAAGAAACCGAAGAGUCCCUCCCCCACCUGGUCGACGACGAGGUCAAGGGGUUAUCACAGGACUGGCCGCCAGGCGGCCAGCUGCCCUGCUGAAACGAGUCGGAACGCUUAACAGAGCAGCGUUCAACCAGAAAACAAAGUCCUUCAUUCAACGCACUGAAGCCUUGUAUAGGCAGCCAGAGGCACAGAGAGGUCAGAAUGCUGCAGGAGUCAGGGGACCAUUUCAGCUGAGAAGACGACCACUGCCGCCUGUCCAGCAGACUCGGAGGGAAGCGCGCCAGGCUACAUUUCUUUUUCACAGAGGGCUCAAGGUACAGGCCCAGGUGCAAAAGCCAAAUUUUAGCAGUUUGCCAGUCAAAACUCAGCAGUGGCGCACAUCGACAACUAGCAGUGGAAUCUUGACUGUUUCAAUUGACAACCCCACAGCCAGGACUCAGCCUGAGCCUCCCACUGCUUGGACCCUGCAUCCUCCAGCUGUCAUCUCUGCUCCUGUCAAGGUGGAACAGGUGGAGAAGAAAAUACCUAAAGGAGUGCCUCUGCAAUUUGACAUCAACAGUGUUGGGAAACCGCAAACAUCAAUCACCCUGAAUGAGCGAUUCCGCAUCCUAAAAGAUCAGCGCACAACCACCGCACAAAGCAGCAAAGGCAGCCGAUUUGUUACCGUGGGUUAGCUGGCAAGAAGACCGCGACGAGGAAUACUCAGAGCCCCUUUUAUCCUGGUCAGACCCACACCAUGAACCCCACCUUUCUGAUGGAUGGGAUGUGCUGGCCCAUUGACUGACCUUACCAAUGGGAGGGAGGACAACAGUGGGAUACAAGUACAACACGCACAACUGUGAGAACUUGUGUGCAAGUGUUGAUGGAAGAGUUGUUCUCAUUAAGUUCUCAUUGAUUGUCCAUAUCAUUGUACUCCGCUGUUUGUAUUGUGGAUGUCCUAUUCUGGGCAGGAAGGAGCUUUCCCUCACCCAACUUGGAACUGUUGACACAUCACAGACUGCUUGGAAGUAUUUAUUUUCAGAGAGGACAGCUAUGUAUUUGCUCGGAUGGCACGUAUGUUCUCAAUACUUUUUUUCUUGAGAAUUGUUUUGUAAUGUUUCUUCAAAUAAAUGAGUUUCUCUUUAAAUAUUUGGUAA